AUGAACACUAGUGUUCGAGCUGCUCUUUCCUCCAUGAAAGCUCCUUCAAAGCAUUACACCAAUCAAGAGAAUAAGAAGAAAAAGAAGAAGAUGGAGUCUCAAGUCAAAGGUGAUCUAGCUAACUCAGGGAAGUCGUCUCUUGUUAAUAGCCUCAGAGCUAACAGAGAAAAGAAAAUGGAUUUGCUACAAGAUGUUGAUAAACUAAAGAGGAAGCUAAGACAAGAGGAGAAUGUGCAUAGAGCAUUGGAGAGAGCUUUCACUAGACCUUUAGGAGCUUUACCUCGUCUUCCCUCUUUCCUCCCUAGACAUACAUUGGAGCUUCUUGCUGAAGUAGCUGUUCUUGAAGAGGAAGUGGUUCGGUUAGAAGAGCAAGUUGUAAGCUUCAGACAAGGUCUAUACCAAGAAGCUGUUCACAUUUCUUCCAAGAGGAACUUGGAGAGUCCUAAUAACAACGAGAAUUCUCAUGUUAGAUCAAAGUCCAUGUCGCAAUACGAGUUCAGUUCUAUGAUCACUCCUCCUAAAAAGCAUCAACAGUCUCUUAGUGUAAGCAGAAGCAUCUCAAGUAGGAAACUCUUCUCCUCUGAUCAGACAGUUAGUAGCAAACAAGGAUCGCCUAGACCAAAUCUAAGCAGUGUUACUAAGCCAGUAGAUGUGAGAGGGAAAGAGAAUCAUACCUCUAGUAACGGUUUAAAAGACAAGAAGGACAAAGAAUCAUCUGAGAAGAGACUUAAGAAACCUUUAAUUAAGGUAGAUGAUAGAUUGGCAGAGCAAGACAAGGCACAUGAGAGUGUCUCGGAAUCAGUGCAAAGUGGAACUGCAGCAAACAGAGUUUCAGAGGACUUACUGAAAUGUUUGGUGAGUAUAUUCUUGAGGAUUAGCUCGUCAAAGGACAUUGUGUUGGAUCCAUAUAGAAACUGUUCAGAAUGGAGAACAAGAGAGCUUGGUGCAUACAAGAAUCUUUGCUCUGUUGAUGCAUCUUCCAUUGAUCUUGGGAGAAGAAUCAAUGCUUUAUUUCUGAUCCAUCGUCUCAAGGUCCUGCUUAAUAAGCUUGCCACUGUAAAUCUAGAUGGUCUUAGCCACCAGCAGAAACUUGCAUUCUGGAUAAAUAUUUAUAACUCCUGUGUGAUGAAUGCUUUCUUAGAGCAUGGAAUCCCUGAGACCCCUGAAAUGGUUGUAGCCCUGAUGCAAAAGGCAACAAUGGUUGUAGGAGGACACUCACUUAAUGCUCUCACAAUAGAACACUUCAUCUUGAGACUUCCAUAUCACUUGAAGUUUAAGACUUGUCCCAAAACAGCAACACAUGAAGAGAUGAAAGCUCAUAGCACAUUUGGACUGGAAUGGUCAGAGCCUUUGGUCACUUUUGCUCUCUCAUGUGGAAGCUGGUCCUCUCCUGCUGUAAGGGUAUAUACAACAGCUAAUGUAGAGGAAGAGCUAGAAGCUGCAAAGAGAGAUUAUCUUCAAGCAUCUGUUGGGAUCUCAAAGAAGAACAAACUAAUGAUUCCAAAGGUAUUAGAUUGGUAUUUGCUAGAUUUUGCAAAGGAUGUGGAAUCGCUACUAGAUUGGGUUUGCCUUCAGUUGCCUGAUAAACUCAGAGAAGAAGCUCUCAAGUGUGUGGAAAGAAAGAACAAAGAAUCAGUCAUGGAGUUGGUUCAAGUAGUAUCAUAUGACUUCAGUUUCAGGUUGCUAUUGCACCAAUAAAGAGGGUUGUGAUGAAAUAAUGUUUCAACAAAAUGUGGAACAUUGUAUAGAUUUGGGUUGGAGAGUGUAAAGAUCAUAAGUUAAAAUUUGUUAUUGGUUGGGUGAGAGUAUAUAUAGUUAUGUGUUGUGUUUUUUAUAAUAAACUAUGAAGAGAUAAUAAUUUAUUCAAUUGAUUUAAUCUACAAGGUUAUAUAUGUGUACACCAUUUAUUUGUUUUUAGACUAGAUUUUGUCUCAUUUGUUUUAUCUACAAUCUUAUUAUAUGUGGA